CCAGGAGCCCGGCCCCCAGUGAGCCCGCCGCCGCCGCCGCCGCCGCCGCAGCCGCAGCCGGAGCAGCCGGAGCAGCCGGAGCAGCAUGGUCCAGCUCGGGAAGCUGCUCCGCGUCCUGACUUUGAUGAAGUUCCCCUGCUGCGUGCUGGAGGUGCUCCUGUGCGCGCUGGCGGCGGCGGCACGCGGCCAGGAGAUGUACGCCCCGCACUCUAUCCGGAUCGAGGGGGACGUCACCCUCGGGGGGCUAUUCCCCGUGCACGCCAAGGGUCCCAGCGGAGUGCCCUGCGGCGACAUCAAGCGAGAGAACGGGAUCCACAGGCUGGAAGCAAUGCUCUACGCCCUGGACCAGAUCAACAGCGAUCCCAACCUGCUGCCCAACGUGACGCUAGGCGCGCGGAUCCUGGACACUUGUUCCAGGGACACUUACGCGCUCGAACAGUCGCUCACUUUCGUCCAGGCGCUCAUCCAGAAGGAUACCUCCGACGUGCGCUGCACCAACGGCGAGCCUCCGGUUUUCGUCAAGCCCGAGAAAGUAGUUGGAGUGAUUGGGGCUUCGGGGAGUUCGGUCUCCAUCAUGGUAGCCAACAUCCUGAGGCUUUUCCAGAUCCCCCAGAUUAGUUAUGCAUCAACGGCACCCGAGUUAAGUGACGACCGGCGCUAUGACUUCUUCUCUCGUGUGGUUCCGCCUGAUUCCUUCCAAGCUCAGGCCAUGGUAGACAUUGUAAAGGCCCUAGGCUGGAAUUACGUGUCUACUCUUGCAUCUGAAGGAAGUUAUGGAGAGAAAGGUGUGGAAUCCUUCACGCAGAUUUCCAAAGAGGCAGGUAGGAAGAGACCGCAAUGGUCAAGAUGA